GCAAGCCCCACCGAUGGUUAAGAUCUCGCGAGAGCUUCUAUCCAGGAACCAUUCCCGCAGGCAGGUGAGCUGAGACGCCCAACCAGCGCAGUUGCAAAGCAGUCUUAUACUUCUUUUCUUAGGCCCUGUGAAAGACACUGCCCUCAGAAAGCUCAGCUGGAAGAAGAGACAGCCCGGGAAGCAAAUGUGGACAAUGGAAGGGCCUGUAAAAGAUGCUGAAAAAAUUUCACAGAAGAGGAAGAGCCCUUUGAAGGAUGAAGAGCCUUCAUCUCAUUUGCUGGAGAGACUACCCUGCUUCCUUCCUCUCUGCCUACACCCCACCUCCCACAAGGGUGAUGUGGCUACAGUGGAACUUUGGGGAAAAGUUGUGCAAAGAACGGGUUGAAGCUUCCUAUAAGGAUGGAUGGGCAAAGGGAUCCAGGACAAGGAGUAUGUGGGUUUUGCAGCCCUCCCCAACCAGCUGCACCGCAAGUCUGUCAAGAAGGGCUUCGACUUCACACUCAUGGUGGCAGGGGAGUCAGGCCUGGGGAAGUCCACCCUCGUCAAUAGCCUGUUUCUCACCAACCUCUAUGCGGAUCGGCAACUGCCAGAGGCCAGUGCUCGCUUGACUCAAACGCUGACCAUCGAGCGGCGGGGUGUGGAGAUCGAGGAGGGAGGUAUUAAGGUGAAGCUGACCCUGGUGGACACCCCUGGCUUUGGGGACUCAGUGGAUUGCUCAGACUGCUGGUUGCCCGUGGUCCGUUUUAUUGAGGAGCAAUUUGAACAGUACCUGAGGGAUGAGAGUGGCCUGAACCGGAAGAACAUCCAGGAUUCCCGAGUCCAUUGCUGCCUCUACUUCAUCUCACCUUUUGGCCGGGGGCUCCGGCCCCUGGAUGUGGCGUUCCUCCGGGCGGUGCACGAGAAGGUCAAUAUCAUCCCCGUCAUUGGCAAAGCGGAUGCCCUGAUGCCUAAGGAAACCCAGGCCCUCAAGCAGAAGAUCCGGGACCAGCUGAAGGAGGAGGAGAUCAACAUCUAUCAGUUCCCCGACUGUGACUCCGACGAGGAUGAAGACUUCAAAAGACAGGAUGCGGAGAUGAAGGAAAGCAUUCCUUUCGCAGUUGUGGGUUCCUGCGAGGUAGUGAGGGACGGCGGGACGCGACCCGUGAGGGGACGCCACUACUCCUGGGGUACCGUGGAGGUGGAGAACCCACAUCACUGCGAUUUCCUGAACCUGCGACGGAUGUUGGUGCAGACACACCUGCAAGACCUGAAGGAGGUGACGCACGACCUGCUCUACGAGGGCUACCGGGCCCGCUGCCUCCAGAGCCUGGCCCGGCCUGGGGCACGCGAUCGAGCCAGCCGCAGUAAACUCUCCCGCCAGAGCGCUACCGAGAUCCCGCUGCCAAUGCUGCCACUGGCCGACACGGAGAAGUUGAUCCGCGAGAAAGACGAAGAGGUGAGCAAGCGCCUCGCCUCCCCACACCAGGGCCCCCAGUCCCCUUUGAAGUCCCUCCCCGGCCUCGCCCGGCCCCAUCGCCGCAAUCAUGCCCCGCACAGCUGCGCCGCAUGCAAGAGAUGCUGGAGAAGAUGCAGGCGCAAAUGCAGCAGAGCCAGGCUCCGGGCGAGCAGUCGGACGCGCUCUGAGGCCCUCGCGGGAGCCCUGCUUCACCUCGGCCCCGCCUACGGCCCAUCUCCUGUCCAAUCCCGGAACCCCAGGCUGCCCAGCGCCGAAUCCCGGAGCUCCAGCCGGUAAAGCCGGCCCUUGAACAGGUUCCCCUGCAUCCUUGAGUUUGUAGCCCCUCCUUUGUCUCCGCCCUUAGCUUCCAGCCCCGCCCCUGACCAUCCCAGUCCCGCCUCUACACCGGAGCAGUGUCUUCAAUAAAAACUAAGUUUCCCUGAG